CAACCUCAAACCACCAAGUCCGUCAUCCUUCGCGACAAUGAUCGUGUCGUUGCCAUCGUAGGACAUCGACGAAGAUGAACUAUCUACUAUCAAUCCAAAGAUGGUACUGCAAGCCCUAAGGCUCGCAUCAAAAGCGGACACUUCGUCGACAUCGCGACCUCCACUGCAGAACUCGCGUAUCACGUCCUUCUUCGCGCCUCUCAGCCAUACAUCGCAGUCAAAAGCCGAAAGAAAGCCGUCUGCAGAGUCUACGCGAAACACUGCGCAAUCGCUUGUGCGAAGCGGCGAAGUCGUCGAUGCGUCGGCCGAGCGCGUCUCUACACCUCCUUCCUCCGAGACCAAGAAGCGAAAAGCGAUUCCUCGACGCGGAAACGCCAUACAAGGCACCGGCAAUCAAAAUGAAAACUCUCCACAGCACAAUGGUGAUAUGUCACCGCAAGCAUCUCUUGCAGGGCCGGACUCGCAACCGGCGAGCCAUGUUAAGGUGAAGACAUCACAAGAAACAAGGACACUAAGGUCGAAAGAGAAGGCUCAGUUCAAAUCAGAGCUGUCCAUGUACUUCAGCAAUUACGAAGAGAUCAUGGCGAAUGCCCCGCGUUCACCUGACUUUCUCAAGGUCGAUGAACCCAUCUACAUUGUGGACGAGCCGUUGAAGACAAAAGGAUCAUCUUCACCCGCUAAAUCGAGGUCUAUCACCGUACCCACGCGACCACGAGCACCCUCUACGCACGCUGCUUCAGCACGUUCUCAGGUAACAUCUGCUCAAAAUGAAGCAAAAACUGUACAAUUGCCAUCUCCUGCCAAAUCUUCAAUUGAGUCUGGAGAUCCGUUCGCAGACGACAAGUACCUAAUUUAUCACCGUCGUGCCGAACGCCGGGAAAAGCAGCUACGCAAUAUUGAAAAGGAGCGAGCCCAGCAUGAGAAGGCACAUCUGGAGCGAAUAUUGGAAGGCCUGCAGGGCCCCGACUGGCUCAAAGUGCUUGGCGUCACUGGUGUAACCGAGAGCGAGCAGAAGGAAUGGAGGCCUAAGCGUGAUCAUUUCAUCAGAGAAGUCGCAGACUUAGUGGACAAAUUUGAACGAUGGAAGGAAGAAGAGCGGCGCCAGCGGCUGAAGAAGGAGAGAGAGCGUGAAGCGGAGCAGGACGAUAACGCAGAUGCCGUGUCAAGCUCAAGUGCUGGUGCAAGCUCAAGUGACCUCGAUGCGCGAGCUGCGCUUCAGCUAUUACAGGAAGCUGGACAAACCCCAAAGCAGUCGCGUCGUAGGCGAUCACAACACGUCUUGUACGAGGCACCGCCCAGUCCCGAGCAACCGUUUACGGGCUUCUACAAAGAUCCACGUCUGCGUGCUCAGGCUCUGGGUGAGACCCGUCAUGGGAGACACAUGACUGCUUUCGGUGUCGCCCUGCCAGAUCCUCCUGAGGCGGAGUUUGAGUUGUAUGACGACUGGACAACGCAUGAUUCGAGACGUGCAAGAGAGCACAAACGUCGGAAGCUCAAAAGGGAGCCUCAUGCUCAGCGGCAAUUUAUAUGAGAUGUUGGAUUGGCGUAAAUUAAUUUGCACCAUUCAUGAUUUACAGGGAAAAAGCGUACAGGGGAAGAGCAGCCUGUUCUCUUGCUCUCCCGGAUAGGAGUUUUGCAUGGUUUGCUGGCGUAGUUCAGCCUGUAGGAUUAGUCACCAAUUAGUGUAUGGCGAUAAUUACACUUGCAUUGUUUGUCA